AUGAGCACCACGCCAUUUACAGGCGUUCAUCUGCCAGGACUAGAUUCCAUGGACAUCCUACCCUCUCCAAUGCUCCCAGUGCCCGAACCCCAAAUCUUUGACCCAGCCCGUUUUACCUACCCCCUACACGUAUGCCUGAUGCACUCCGGCGGGCGACUACCCAUUGUCGUCGAUAUGCGGGCAUAUUCCUACACCUACAGCACCGCCUGCCCACUCAUCAAACGCUCCUGGCACAGCGCCAACCUCGACCCCGUCCCCGCCUCCGCCCCGCUCAUCCUCACCACCCGCCUCGGCCUCGUCCUCAACAGCAAGAACUUCUGGCGCUUCCACGCAACCAAGGACGCCUGCCUCGCGUGGUACGGCGCCGCCUCCAUCGACACCCUCGUGCAGCUCGUGACGGCGAAGCGGUCGGCGCUGAGCGCCCACUUCCACCAUCUGGGUGUCACCACCACGGCCGCGUUUUUCGCGCCCCGCGAUGCGGACGACGCCCCGCCGCACCCGUACCAUGAGAGUAUCCCCUGGGUCCACCGGUGGGCGGCGCUGUAUGAGCGGGAGGCGAAUGGGUCGCUGGGGAGGGCGUGGGGCGCGCAGGAUCCUAGGUCGUAUUUGAGGGCGCUCGUGAAGGAGGAUGGUGAGGAGGGGUUGGGGGAGGAGGAGGAGGCGGUGGUGGAGAUGUUUGUGAGCAGUGGGUGGGGGAGGAUUAGGAGGACGGAGGAGUAUCGGGCGAUGAUGCAGAGCAUGUGGGAUGGUCGGGCCGCUAUGGGAGAGGAGGGUUAUGUCGACUGUACGGUGGGCAGCGAGCUGCUGCCCGUAGGGGAUGGGGGUGAGACUAAUGAGGGUGAUGCUGUUGUUAAAGAGGAGGGUGAUAGCUUUGAUGAUGAUGAUUUCUAUGGUGAUGAUAUGAAGGUGGAGGAGGGAUAG